AUAUAAUAUUAAGGAUAUAGAUCCCUAACCCAACAAUCCAUUGAUUAAAUUGGGCCAGCAAAUUAUGAGCUUGGUGAAUAUAAAUCACCACGUAGCAAUAUGUCCACAAAUUAUGAGUAUCCGGCCCACCAGGUAAACCCAUGCUGUUUGUCCUUUCGCUCGAGGAACGGUUUUUUAUUUAAUAGGAAAAUAGUGGAACGGUUUCGCUUCCCCAGAAGCACAUCCGGAUCCGAUGCUGCAAUAGAUGCUUUGCUUUGGCUUUCCCCACCUCUUGCUUAGCAUUUGGUUAAUUAAGACUAACUCUAAUCCAAAAGACUAUAUUUAGCCUCCCAAGCUCUCAAAUGUGCAUUUUUGCCUCCCCAAAAUACUUUUUUGCUCCAACCCUAUAGGCUUCCAAAUUUAGCUACCCACAUCUUUUUUUGAUUUAAUUUCCAUAAUCCAUACUUAUUUACAAUAUCAAUCUUGUAAUUCACUUUAAUUUUUUUUAUAGUUUGUUAUUACUUGUGAAAACAAAAUUUUCGAUGUAAUUUUUUUUAAUUCCGAGAUAUUUUUUUUGCAAAAGUAGUCAUUUUUUGUAGCCGUUACUUUAUGACCGUUUUUUUGGACCAAUCCAAAUAUGACCGUUUUUUUUAGCCGUUACUUUAUGACCUUUUUUUGUCGUUUUGUGCAUCAUAUGUGUUUAUAAAUUACAAUUCUUCAUUUUUCAUCAACUCAGUGAAACUUCUUCCCAUUUCUAAAACAAACACAUUCAUGAUGAGUAUGUCAGAUAGCUCAUCGUCGGGAGGAGAAGAAGAAAUCGAAGAGUACGAGAGGUUUCACCACCUACGGUUGAGUUUAAUCGGCCGGAGGCUGGCUGAAGGUUCAUCAAGUCGACGUCAAACUACAAGUCGAUGUCACAUUGAUCGUGAAAGGGUCGAAUGUAAUCGCCGUCUUAUGAGGGAUUACUUCGAUCCAAAUCCAGUAUACAAUGCUUGCAUAUUUAGAAGGCGCUAUCGGAUGCAACCAAGAUUAUUCCAUCGCAUUAUGGGCGACAUUGUGAGGUUUGACCCCUCAUUUGCUGUAAGGCGUGAUAGCUUGGGUCAAUUAUCAUUAUCUCCAGAGCAGAAGCUUACUGGUGCGAUGCGCAUGCUAGCAUAUGGUUCUCCAGCUGAUCAACUUGACGAGUAUGUUCGUAUGAGUGAGAGCACUUUGAUGGAGGUCUUCAGAAAGUUCUGCAACAACAUUAUCAACAUGUAUGGGGCCACAUAUCUUCGCGCACCUACUCCUGCCGAUUUAAGGAUCUUACUCAGUAAAGCCUCAAGACGUGGCUUGCCAGGAAUGAUUGGAUCAAUUGACUGUAUGCAUUGGGAAUGGAGGAAUUGUCCAAGUGGCUGGGCAGGACAAUACACCGGCCACAUGCAUAGGCCAACAAUCAUUCUAGAGGUGGUGGCCUCCUACAACACAUAGAUAUGGCAUGCUUUCUUUGGGUCUCCUGGAUCGAACAACGAUAUAAAUGUUCUGGGGAUGUCGUCAGUGUUUGAUCGUAUUGUCAAUGGAAGCGCUCCACAUGUACGAUUUGAGGUAAAUGGCCAUGCUUAUGAUCAAUGCUAUUAUUUGGCCGACGGUAUUUAUCCCUCAUGGUCGACUUUAUUGAAGACCUUCAGCAAUCCAAGGUCAAACAAAGAGGCUUUGUUUGCUCAACGUCAAGAAGCACACCGCAAAGACGUAGAGCGGGCAUUUGGAAUCCUCCAAGCAAGAUGGGCAAUUGUUCGUGGCCCUGCAAGAGCUUGGGAUGUUGUCACACUGAACAAUAUAAUGUUGACAUGCAU